AUGCCGAUCCUCGUGGUGCCGAGCGCCACGGCAGCGCGCCUCGAGCGCCUGGCCGCACGCGAGGACGUGCCGAGCGAUGUGCGGGAGGCACUGCGGUCGCAGAUGGUGCGUGUGCCCCUCGGUGGCCACGCGCCCGCGGAUCCGUCGCUCGCGCACGCCGAGGGACGCGUGCCGCAUACGCUGCUCGUGCAGGUGUCGCAGUGGGCGCGCACCCACGACGACGCGUACACGCUCGCCUCCCUCCUGCGCGGCGCGCAGCUGUACCAUCCUCCGCGCGCCGUCUAUGAGCGGGUACGUCGCCAUGGCUUACCGCAGCCCAAGGAGCUCGACGCGUCGCUCGAGGCCAUCCGCCGCGCGCACGAAGAGAGCGAAUAUGCCCGCAUGGUCUCUCCAGCGCCGACGCAGCCGUCCGCGGCGCCGUACCGCCUGUCGGGCGGGGCCGCGCCGCACGCGGUGCGCGCGGAGCACGAGGCAUGGCGCGAGACGCGCACGCAGCUCAGUGCCCUCGUCAAUAUCCUUCUCAGCAUAGGCGCCGUGGCGACCGCCGUAUGGUGGGGCGCAGGCAGCCGCGACAGCCUCUGGGUACGUACGCGACGCUGA